GGCGGCGGCGGCGGCGGCGGCGGCGGCGGCUGCGGCAGCUCCGGGAGCCGGAGGGACGGGCUGGCCGCCUGACCUGCGUGCCCCCCCUGGCCGCGCCGGGCUGCCCCGAAAAGGAUGUCCGCCCAGUCCAAGGGGACCGCAUCCUCCUCCUCGUCGCCGUCCGAGGGGCCGCCGGCAGCCUCCAAAGCCAAGGUGAAGGAGCAGAUCAAGAUCAUCGUGGAGGAUUUGGAAUUAGUCCUGGGGGACCUGAAAGACGUGGCCAAGGAACUUAAGGAGGUGGUUGACCAGAUUGACACACUGACGUCCGACCUGCAGCUGGAGGAUGAGAUGACAGACAGCUCCAAAACAGACACGCUGAACAGCAGCUCCAGCAGCACAACAGCUUCCAGCUUGGAGAAAGUCAAGGUGCGGGGCAGCGCACCGCUCAUCAAGCCACCCGCACACCCCUCCGCUAUCCUCACUGUGCUGCGGAAGCCAAAUCCGCCCCCGCCUCCUCCGCGACUGACGCCUGUCAAGUGCGAUGAGCCUCCAAAGCUGACUCCUGCCAACCCUGUCAAGACUAACGGUACCUUGCUGAGAAAUGGGAGCUUUCCGGUCGGGCCCAACCGCGUCCCAAAUGGAGAUAUAUGUUGUAUACCGAACAGUAAUUUGGAGAAAGUUGCGAUGCAGCCUCUGAUGCACAGACCUGAGAAAGAGCGGUGUCCUCAGCCGGGAGCAAGGGAACGGGUACGAUUUAGUGAAAAAGUGCAGUACCACGGCUAUUGCCCUGACUGUGAUGUUAGGUAUAACAUUAAAAACAGGGAGGUGCACUUGCAUAGUGAGCCUGCUCGUGUUGUGGGAAAGCUGCCACACCAGUGCCCUCCUCUGCCACCUCCACCACCUCCGCUGCCUCCAUUUCCUCUGGAAAAUGGAGGGUUGGGGAUAAGUCCCAGUAAUAGCUUUCCUCCUCCAAGACCUGCAACUGUGCCUCCACAAACUGCACCAAAACCCCAGAAGACGAUCUUGAGGAAAUCAACCACUACAACAGUGUGAUGUAUGCCACUUGAAACAACUCUUUCUUUUUUCCUAUAUAUAAGCAUAAAUAGGUAAUGAGCACUUUCAACUUGAGCAAUAAAAAGAUCCAAUGUAUUACACCCUGUGUCCAGUGAAGUGGCAUAAAAAUCACAUGUAUGUAGGUCUGAGUACAAAUCACAAACCUUGGAAGAGGAAGUUCUCAUUCUUUUCCUCAGGAGCACCUUCAGGCUUGAAGGACUAUCUAUAUCUGGAGGCACGUCGGUUAAUUAUUUGCAUAUCAGAUUCAUCCUUGUGACUUCUUGCAGGCCAGAUCUGAAAAGUAACCAGGAACCUGACCUUCAAUGGAGAAUGGAAAAGCCCUUCAAGUGAGAGCACAACUGAUCAUGAGUGUAAUCUGCAUUGACUCAUCUUCCUCAGAUCUGACAGCUACAAGCUGAGUCCUGGCAAAAGCCACAGCCUUAAAUUCCACUUAGAGGAAAAGAAUAAAGAGGACUAAAUGUCUUGCCCCGUUGCAGAAACUGCUCUCUCCAAGCCUGACACUUGUGUUCUGUGCUGAGCAACCAGAGUAACAAACAAUGAGUUUUUCAUGGCUCCAGCCAGCAUCCAAAAAUAUUUCAAUAUGUAGCCAAAAGGAGAAAUGAAGCACUUAGGUGAUAGCAGAAAAUUAACGCAUUUACUGUAACAGAGGAAUGUUACUGUCUGUGGGGAUAGAAGACCUCUGUCAUCCCUUGUACAUAUUGAAAGCCAUACAGGAACAAGGCAUCAGUGAUGUUAAAUUGCUUAAAAGGAUGCUGUCUCCUGUCCUCCACCCAACUUUGAAGAAUUUCAGCUGUUAGAGAUUGCAUAUCAAUGCACUUCUAGUAUUUGCACUGUCACUUCCAUUCAGGGUAAUGAUGUGUGCCACCAUUUGCACAGAUGGCCCCAAGAGAUUUUUGACCACAACAAGCUAUGUUUUGCCGGGGCUCCAAAAGGAAUUAAAAAGUUAGAACUGAAGAAAAACAUUUGCGCUCUCUUUCACUAUGGGGAUCUCUUCACAGAAAGGACUAUGGUCCUUUCUUAGGUUUAAAUAAAUACAUACAUAUACAUACAUAUAUAUAUAUGUAUAUAUAUGAAAAAGCAUCAACAUGAUAAGGUGUAUUUAAAAAGGGGAUAUAAUCUUUUUUAAUAGCAUCCAUUUUUUAUCAUAUUAGCAGCCAAGUUUAGUCUAUUGAAUUACACAUCCAAAAUGUUCCUAUUGAACAUUGACAUUAUAGUCCCAGUUACUGUUAAAGAAGUCAUUUGUAAUAUGUGUUUGACAUAAAAAUUUUCUAACCAUUUGUCUAUACUUCAUGGAGAAAUCUAACAGACAAGCAGCAUUUUCAGUUUAUUUUUCUAAAUAAAUGUGUUUAUAUUAUUUGCAGUCACUCAUUUUGGAUGAUUUUCGUUAUCUCCAAACAUGAUUUAAAGACAGAUCCAAAACACAGGAAUUGUUUGUUCAUGUUAAGCUGUAAUGAUUUGCUGUCCGAAAGCUUUAAUAUAAAUAUUCUAAUUUGUAAAAUGAUGAAGUAUAUUUAUACAGGCAAAUAUGUAUGGAAAACUAGAGGAGGUAUUUUAAUUCUUAAUUUCAGAACAUAGUUUAUUUUAAUAUCCACACGAAGAAAUCUAAAUAUAUAAUGGGAUAGAUUUUUUUAUUAUCAAUGAGUUUUAGCAAGUGAAGACUUGCAUGUUUAAGAAUGAAAGGAAUGGAGUCUAAUACUGGUGGUUUCCCAAAUUAUAGAGAGACCUUUAGUCAGCUGUUUCAUUUUAUUCAAAAACUGGCUUAGGUUUUUUGAGUUUGUUAUUUUUUGGUGUGUGUGUGUGUGUGUGUGUUAGGGCUUUUUGUGUUUCGUUUGUUUUAGCAUACUGACAAGGCCAUGAAGUUGAUACUAUUUGAUCACAAACAAAUUGAGAUGCUACAGAAUAAGAGCUUGUUCCUUGGAACAGUCUGUAGUUUACAGUUAAGAACAGUCAUUGUUAUCCAUUUACUGCAGUGUUUUGUUACUGAGUUACUAAACAUUUCAAUACUAGAGCUGUUAUGAAUAAAAAUAUAUUUUUUCCUUUUUUCUUAGUCCAUUAGCCUGUGUGUAAUUUUAAGAGAAAAGUAAAGCAUGUGAUUCCUGGUUUACUUAAAGCCUUCAUCUUAAAUCCAGUCAUUAUGUGUCUGAUUUAUAAAGCUGAAUAGUUUGGUUUUUUUUUUUUUUUUUUUUUCAUUGCUUUAUGGAACCUAUUAAAUGUUCACUAACAGAAAAAUGAUCUUUCAACAAGAAAUAAUAGAAAAUUCAAGCCUUUUUAAAUCUGUGAGUUAACUUUGUAAAGGGCAGAUAUCUUAAAAAUGUGUUGCUCUGCUCUAAUGUACUAACUAGUGUAUGCGUGUGUGUUUGUGUGUGUGUGCACGCAUGCGCACCCUUACCUGCUGAUGACUGAAAUGCCAGCUCUGCUGAAGUAAGUGCCACAAGUCCUGUUACUGCAAAAGAUGCUCAUGUUAUUGUAUUUUCUGGAGAAAGACCUGAGCUCUGUCUUUGCUUGUGACUCUGAAGCCAUAAAUAGCUUUUACAGUUUGUCAGGAAAUCACAAAAUGAAAUAAUUAAGUGAAUGUUAGCCUCCCUCAUUUGGAAAAACUUGGAAUCAUCUCAUGGUUUGACUCUUUUUGAAGAAAUUCAGUGGUCAAUUUCCAUUGGUGCAAUGGACAAAUGAAACCUUUGUAUUUGUUAAAAAAUUAUAGCUGUGUUUUGUUCCUACACAUUUUAGCUUAUGGUUGGCUUACAGUCUUUUAACUGUGAUUUCAUUUCUGUGUCAUUAGAAUAACAUAUUUGGACAUACAACUUGCAUGGGCUUUGUUUUGCUCCCUCUUUGGAUAACCUGUAUUUUAAAAUUGAAGAGCUUACUCUUUGAGACUAAUAUUCAGAGUUGUUUAAAGAAGGGACACCAUUAUCUAAAA